UCACUGUAUAAUAAAGCCAAGAAACAAACACCCCUGCUGCUGAAAAACUUCAAGGAGCUGUUUACACUUCAUCCAAAAUUAAUGUAAUUUCCUCUUCACCUCUCCCCUUCCUUCUUUUUCUUUCUACAGAAAGGGCGUACCCCCAAAUUGGGUAACUCUAUGCAUCUGUUCCAGGAACUGAGAACUGUGAGAUUUCCGUGCCCUGUUGUCCACAGGAGAUUUAAAUACUGUUCUGAGACUGUGCUUCACGUAAACAACCCCCAGUAUCACUGUGUCAUGAAAUCCUUUAGUAUGAGCCAAAAACCCCUUCUGACUUUUGCGUGAAUCACUCUGUUAGCUCCAAGUGACACUGACCGUUCAUUUGAUCCCAGCCAGAACCUUAUCCCUGUUUCUCCUGUGGGAGCAACCAAACUUUUGAAUUCUCCUGUAACCUUGCCAGAAAUGACAAGUGAAGAAGUGACAUAUGCAGACCUGAGGUUCAUAACACCGGAAAAAUCCCAGGACCAGGAGCUCCAGACUGCCAGAGCAAAAGAUUCCCCCAGUCCAUCUUCCUGUUGGAGGCUGGCUACAGCGGUGCUUGGGGUCUUCUGCCUAAGUUCAGUGGUAGCUGCAGGAGUCUUGGCUACCAGGUUCAUCCUGGUCUGCCACCUUGUGCAUGAAAGGGAUGAAAACUUCACCCUGCAAAAGGCAGUUAUGGAAAGUCUCAACCAGCAGCUGGAGCUCCUCCAGGCUCAGAAUUUGAACUUGACAGAGACUGUAAAGCAACUUGCCACCUCCAGAGGACAUAAAUGUAUUCCUUGUCCUGAGAACUGGCUACAGUAUGGGGAGAACUGCUACCACUUUACAAAGGAAUGGAAAACUUGGCAAGAAAGCAAGGCUCAAUGCUCUACUCUGGAGUCCAGGCUUCUUAAGAUAGAGAGUAAGGAAGAGCUGGACUUCACAAUGCGAUCAGCACAGUCUUACAGUUCUUACUCUUUCUGGAUUGGGCUGUCCCACAAUGGAUCUGAGGGGCCCUGGCUGUGGGAGGAUGGAUCAGCUUUCUCCCCUGACCUGUUUCAGAUCCAACGAGCCAGCUCAAGUCCUUUCCUAGAUUGUGCGUGGCUUCAAGGUGCAAAUAUAGACACUGCAUGGUGUGGCGAGUACAAAUUUUACAUUUGUGAGAAAGUGGUGGAUCCUGCGGUGGUCGAGAAAGUGAGCUACUCAGACAGGCACUAGUGUGCAGAGCUCUGCAGAGAGCCCCGUCCUGGGAUACGCCGUUGUGGGGGCGAGUUCUGCCCCAGGGUUUGCAAUAGGGUAAACAAGUCUGAGCUUAGGUUAAUGUAACAUCAGGGAUAAUCUAAGCUUAACUUGCCUGCUGGUGAUGCACAUCAGCCAGACUCCUUCUUGGGCUUUUUCUUCAACAAUUUCAUUCCCUCUUUCUUCUUUCAGUCCUGGCAUUCUUGUGUAACCACUUCUACCCACUUCUCAUAAAUUCCUUUCUAAAUGAACCAUAAUUAAGUAUAUGAUUCCAGAACUCUAUUUUAAAGAUUCAUACCUGUCUCCCAGAAACAGGAAUCAAUGACCGUUUGUAAGAGCAAAACAUCAUGUUUUCAAAAUCCAUCCACUGGGUAUUCACGGAUGUGAGCUCCCAAUUUACAAUAAAUUUCCAAAUAUUUGAUUUAAUUUCACUCCUCGUGUACUGAUAACUGGAAAGUACAACAGUAUCAGAGCCUGCAUUAAAAGACAAAUAAAAAUAUUUAUAGUUCUUCUGGUUAGAGAGAAAAGCUUUCAAAUGGGAUUGUAUGCCCUAUGGGCUCAAAAAACAGAAGGCAAAGAUGGAACACAUAUUUAUUGAGGAAAGUCAGCAGUAUUUAAUGCUCAGGAAUGCCAGUCCAGCUGCUAGUGGAUUGUUCUGCUGCAUCGAGCGUUAGAGGGGAAGGUGCAUUCCUCUAAGAUAUCUGUCUUGAUAAUUAUCCAUGUCACAUCUGAUCCAGUUCUUUGAUUUCUCAAAUCCAUUUUCCAUUCUGUUGCAGAAUUUCACAACGAAUAAAUAUCGCUGCUACUGACCUUUUCUGUAGUGUGUCUUUUUAGUAAGUCACUGUGCACAGUAGGCUCAACAACCAUCAAGUACAGGGCCUUUAAUGAUGCAAAGCCUCCUGCCGCUUUGCUGCUGUUUAGGAGGCUGUUCAAAGAGAAGACUGCAUCAAAGAGAGCAUCUCUUUUCUGUGGCACUAGCAAACAAUAGAGAUCUUUGAAAUCUCUCAGGAGCAGUCAUGUUUUUCUUUAGGACUUUUGUUCCUGUGUGUAUUUGUGCUAAUUUGAGCCAUUCAAUGAAAACCGAACUGUAAGUCAGGGAAGGUGGAGGUAUUUAGGCAAGCCUCUAAUUAUGUUUAUUUCAGACAUAAAGCUGUGCAUCAGAAGUCUGCAGUAGCAACAGCCAACAAGUGUGCUGCAUCCCUCUCUAAAUGAGUGUUUAGCAAUAUGGCAAUUAUCUUAAUUAUGGAUAUGAAGAAGUAAUUUGGAGGAGCAGGGACAACAGAGAGCGUCUUGCUACACAGCUAUCUCAUAGUCUGGAAAUACUGCAAUUUCUAAGUCUAAGCACGGGGCCUCAGCAGCCGUGGAGAUACUACCUGGGAUCCCAGCUCUGACUGAUCUACGGUGGAUGCAGGUACGAUGUGAAUGAUGGGAGGGGUAACCCAUCCAGAGCUGUUGUUCUAACACAUGCGGGACAUGGUGGGAGGCCCUGUCUUAUAACCCUUGAUAAUACAAGAGGGUCUUAAAGAUCACACCAUGAGGAAGCAGGAGAGCCCUCACUGAGGGGGCUGGUAUGAGGAGGAGCCGGUGAAGAGCUGAAGCAGUGAGUGAAACUGAUGUGAGGGAACUGGUGCGAUGGGCAUGGGGUCAGCGGACCAGUGAGGGGAGCAAUGGUUGAUCAUAGGGGCCUGGCUGAGGGAAAAGUGUUGCAUGCAAAAAGCCCUGGUAUUAUGGACUGGGAGUGAAACGCUGAAGAAAAUGAAGGAAGGAAAUGUUGAAUGAAAGUCUACUGUUCUGUACUGCAUUUGGGAGAAGAAUCCAUUAGCCUGUCUUGUCCCCCUGUCCGAGACAUGAAGCACGGGUCCCUGUGCCUGGCUGCUGAAUACACAAGCUCAGGAACUUAUGAAACAAGGGGUAAGUUCCUAGUCCUCAUUGCUGUCUGGAUUUUUUCAUUUUAUACCACGUCUUCAUGCCUCAAUGACUUGUAAUUAGAAUCUCUACAUGAUGAGCCAAGUUGCACUGAAUAGAAGAGCACAUGGCAUCCAGUAAUUGCCCUGAGAUGUGCAGUGUACAAUGUGUUACUGUGUUUGAGUAAAACCUAACCCUGAAUUUCCUUGAUAUGUAGCGUAAAUCAGUUCUUGUUUUUUGGCUUACACCAGGAGAGAAAAAUUUAGCCUUAUAUGUAAGAUGAUCACUUAAGUCACAAUACAAUAAUUAUUAUAACAGAGGUCAUAUCUUUUGUUAUAUGAGGUUAAAAUGUUCAGGACUUUAAAGCAAUUCAGAACUAAGCAAUUUCAUGCACAUAUCUUCUGCACUUUACUCUUUCCCAUAGCCACCUACACACAUGGGACUGUCUUCUAAAUCACUCUGUGCAUUCUUCAUGCAAUUCUUCUUAACUCCCUUUGAAAUGUCCCCCUCAGAAAUCUUUCUCAGAUUGCCCAGGGUCCAUUAAACUAGUUGGUUCACAGGAGUCUGUUCUGUGCUGCUGAGUAAAGGGAAUAUUCUCAGUAAGCAAUGAGUUAGAGAAACAGUCUUUCCACUUAGCUUUGCAAGUCAUGCUAACCAUUGCAUUUUGCACAGGUGCCUGUGAAGUCUGGUCCUUCAAAAUUACCGCAACUUCAAUGUUAAUUUGUCUUAAGAAUGAUGUCGUCUCUGCUGUCAUUUGGCUGCAGAAAGCAUUUAAAACUGACAAAGUUCAAAAAACAUCAUGCAAUCAUAGCUUUAAUCGAAUGAACUGAGUCAUUCAAGUCAUACAAUGCUCGUAGGCAGAUCUUUAGGUUUUGUUGCACACUGAAAAAGACAAAGGGUGAAGAUAUUUUUUUGACAGCCACCACUAGAUUAGUAAUUAGUUGUUGUCUGUUGUUGCCAUAAGGUUUUAUUAGCACAGCCAGUUCUGUAUUCUUGAUGUUAUGUUGUUCACAGUGAUAAAAAAAUCUUGAGUCUAUGAUUAGCCUUUUCAGUUCAAUACAAUGUCCAUUAAAAUCAGCAUAUAAGCACUGUACCCAUGCCACGUUGUUACAAAACAAGCCUUCAGCU